AUUAUUUUAAUUAAGAGAAAAAUGCAUAAAUCGAUAGGACAAUCAUAAAAGUUAAUUCCAUAUUGAUCGUGAAAUAUUAGCUAAUCAAAAUGUCAGUGAUCGAUUUUCGUCAAUUUCCAAAUUCAGUGCAAUUUAAUCAGUCGGGAAAAGACGGGAAUCUUUCUGCUCAACGACCGUUUGUAUACCCGUUUGCAAAAGAAAAUAACAACUUACUUGCAACGUUUCAACUUAAGCCGCCGGUCUCAAAUUACAACGAUCAGUUUAUUCAUAAAAUAGUCAGCAAAACAUUGAUGCGCCCUACGUCACCAACACGACGUCAUAAUCCACAAUCGCACAAGGCAAUCCACUUGGCACGGAUAUGUUAUCGACCAGUGUGUGACGUCACUUCGAGGCAAAUACAAAACCGAAGUAACAACGUGAUAAACAGCAAAAUGAGCGAAGACAAAACCCCACUAUCAACUUGUCAAUCGGCGUACAAAAUAGAUUUAACCUUGUCAAAUUUGUCACGGCAAGGAGUAAAACAUCCAUGGACGAAAAGAUCACCUGCGAAAGGAAUCUUACCAAUCCCAUCAAGAACAGGAUGUGGCGGACCGUCUGAGCGAACGAUAAUUCUGCCAUCUUGCCAGAAGGAAGAUGUUAACUUUAUGACGUCACUAGCAUGGAAAAUGAAUCCAAGACGACGAAGAUUCCCAGUGAUAACAACUCACAACUGGGGAUACAACGUAGGAUCUGAACCAAUGACAACAACAACCAGAUCAACUUUCACCCGGAAACCUUUGCCGAUAAAACUGAAGAUCGAAAAACCGAGAAACGUUCACAACAUCAUAAACGGAGAAACAUUAAUCGAACAAAGAAAUCCCAUGCUGUCAAAAAGUAUUACUGUCUAUUGAAAUACCAAGAGAGUAAUGCUAAAAUAUAUGGAUACGCAAAGCAAAGCGAAGCAGUAGUCUAGCCUAGCUCACCUUAACGGUACCGUCAAAAAAUUUCCGAAUUUCAAGAAUUUGCUGAACAAAACGUACAGCCAGUCAACACGCGGACUAAAAUCCGUGUUCCCAUGGAUAAAAAUAAUACAGCGAAAUUUAGGACGAA